CAACGGGCGCCUAACAGCUUUUCCUCCGCGCACACACACCAAAAGAAGCUAGCAAAAAUUGAAUAAUUUUUAUUGAAUAAUUUUAAUUUAUAGUGCAAUAACUAAUUAUAGUUACGCCUUAUUUAUUAAAAGUAAUAGAAGCCUUAGCUAAACAGUUAACAGUGCAAUAUCGUGUAUAUGUUUAUAUAAGAAUACAACAACAAUAUGACGAACACGCUACAAGAAGGUAUCCUAGUCGGUUGCGGCAAUCCGUUGCUGGAUAUUUCAGCAAAUGUGCCCAUGAAUUUCCUGGAUAGAUACCAAAUGAAAGAGGAUGAUGCCAUUUUGGCCGAGGAUCGACAUAUGCCCAUUUAUCGUGAACUUGUGGAUGGCUAUCAGGCGGAAUUUUUGGCUGGAGGUUCGGUCCAGAAUUCCCUACGUAUCGCUCAAUGGAUAUUGGGUCAACCGAGAGUUGCCGUCUUCUUUGGCUGUGUGGGCGAAGAUGAUUAUGCCCAGAGAUUGAAGGAGAAGGCCGCUGCAGCGGGCCUAGAUGUCCAUUAUCAGGUGAAUCGAGGUCAGCCAACGGGCACAUGUGCGGUAUUAAUAACAGGCACACAUCGUUCACUUUGCGCCAAUUUGGCGGCUGCGAAUCAUUUCACUAUCGAUCAUCUGGAACAGCCAGCGAAUAAGGCUCUGGUGGAUAAUGCCAAAUACUAUUAUAUAUCGGGCUUCUUUCUCACUGUGAAUCCACCGAGUAUAAUGCAUGUGGCGGAAACCGCUCAUGCCAAGCAACGGCCGUUCCUAAUGAACCUCAGCGCACCAUUUAUAUCGCAAUUUUUCAUGGCACCGCUAAUGGCCGCUAUGCCCUAUGUGGAUAUCAUAUUUGGCAAUGAGGCGGAGGCUCAUGCCUUUGCCACUGGCCAGGGCUGGCCAACGGAUGAUCUGCGCGAGAUUGGCAAACGUAUAGUCGGUCUGGAGAAACUAAAUCCAAGUCGGCCACGCAUUGCCAUACUAACGCAGGGCUGUGAUCCGGUGUUGCUCAUUCAAAAAGAUUCGGUUGAAGAGUUUCCGGUUACACGAUUGGCGGUGCAUGAGAUUGUAGAUACCAAUGGCGCUGGGGAUGCAUUUGUUGGUGGCUUCCUGUCGCAGUUUGUGCAGGGUAAAUCCCUGGAUGUGUGCAUACGAUGUGGCAAUUAUGCAGCUGGUCAUAUAAUACAAAAUCCUGGCUGCACUUACUCCGGUUCACCGCAAUUUGUCGAAUAGAGCGAGCAGGAGAUAACAAAAAAUUGGGUGACGACAGACAGAGAUAGCAACAGCGCAACGGAUGUAACACAGGCACACACACACACACACUCUAAUACUAACGUAGAGGCGCAGUUUUUUGCAUAUUAAGUUAAUAAUUUUCUACAUAGAGAUUGAAUAAGACAAUUUUUUGUUAACACUAAUAAUUUGAUUGUACAUAAAAUACACACACACACACACACACACACACAUACAUACAUAUAUAUAUAUAUAUACACAACAAAAAAAAAACACAUGUAUACACACACACUAUAUAUAUAUAUAUAUAUAUAUAUAUACACACUAACAAAAUCAUAUAUAGAUAGAGCAAUAUUCGAAUUUAAAUUGAUAAUAAAACGAAAAGAGAAUAAUUAAUAAACAAAAACAAAAAAAAAGACAAAAAAAAGAACUAUGAAAACAAAAGAAACUACAAGAGACAUCACAUGGCAACAUUUUUUGCACAAUUUUAAAAAUAA